CAUGCAGCAUCCUUAAAACGACUUUACAGGUUUAAUGUCUGGGUGAGGCGAUAAGGCGCUGCAAUGGCCGACUCUACCGCAGAUCUGAGGUCUAGCAGACCAAAAUCCCGACAGUCAAUCGCCCAUUUGCCGUCUGCGAAGACGUCGUCUUCGAGGGACAAUGCGACAACUGACAUUGCUGCCCUCCAAGCUCGACAUACAGAGGCCAAAACAGCUAAGAAGAAGUCGCGUGGGAAGAGUCUGGGUCCGGGUGGACUUGAAGCCCUGAAGGAGUCUACGGGAAAUGCAACAAAGGCGACGACACCCUUCCAAAUAAAAUCAAUACUCAAACCAUCCAUACCCCUGACUCCUCCUAAAGCUAUACCAUCGUUUGACGAGCUGCGCAAGCGGAGUACAGGCAAAGACAAGACACAAGCGAAGAGCAACCCCGAAGAGCUGCUCAUUGAUUUCUCAACCCCCGGCCCCAGUGGGCAGAAUGCAGGCACAGUCUCGAUGUCAGGCGCAGAGAAUGUUGCAGACCCAUUUAGUCCUAUGGUGCGACGAUCCCCCAGGAAGGCCGACGGAGCUGGUGGAAGCGCGGAAGCCCUAGAGCGCCAACAGGAAGAAGAGCGGAAGCGCCAGGCAGAGAAGGAGGCUAUAUUGGAACGCAGAGCUGCGAGGCGGAAAUCUCUGGCGAACCGUCGAGUUUCGUUCGCACCAGAGGCGACUUUGCAUACGUGGAGCGUGAUGGAGCUUGCAGAGGACUCGACGACAAGCUCUGCCUCUAACUCCACGAGAAGACAAUCCUCAAUGACAGCCGCACAAUCACCGAUCAAAUCGAUAGCCUCGCCUGAAAGAGCCGAUCCGCCGUCAACCCCUGCUGAUCAGAUGGAGGAGCCGCUUGUCAAAGAAUCCCCCGCAAAACAGAGGGAUGCCCACCAAAAGAAACGGAGACGCCGAAGCUCAGGUCUGGCGGAACCUAUGCUGGAUGCAGCUGAAGAUAUGUAUUCGUCGAGCCCUUCAGGGGACGUCACCACAAAUAGUAGUCCCGUUCGCUUCGAGGAAGGUAUCGAGUCUUCGGAUGAGUCUGACACCGAUGGCGAUACAGCGAUGAGUCUAGAGGAUGCCACUUCACACACGGUAGCAUCUGAGGACUCCGGAUCGAGCACUCCUUCUAGCCUGGAAGAACGUCUGCGGCAGGCUGCCGAACAAGCUGGAACGCGCGGUAUAGACUAUGACGAGCAUGGCGGGGAAUUCCCUAUGGAGAUGGUCACCGGCACCAUGACGAACGCCUUUCAAGACUGGGCACAAGGCCGCGCCCAUGCAAGCAAAAGCGACGAGGUAUACGACCAGGAAAAUCCGAACCCAAAUAUAUCCUCGCUACCAGGAAAACAUGAGAACGACGCUGAGAACGACGACGAAAGCGAGGAUCAGAGUGGGGAGAUGAGUAUGGAUGUCACAAGUGCCGUUGGCGGUAUAGUUACAGGCCGAUCUCCCGGCAAGAAAGGUUCAAAAUCACCUAUCGCGCGUCGCCGAAGCAGCAUUCGCCGCCGCCGUUCGUCUGGCAAUGAAUCCAUGUUUGACGAGACCAUGGACUUUACAGCUAUACAAGGAGGGAUUAUCAGUGCCGGGAUUGAAGAAACGGUGAACAGCCGUGUGUCUGAUGAAGACAUCAGCAUGGAAUUCACACAAGCGGCUGGAGGCGUACUGAGCGGAGCUAUCACUCGCCACUCCAUUGUCUCCGAAGAGAGCGAUGAAAACGAGACCAUGGAUAUGACCGCAGCUGUUGGAGGGAUCUUGCCCCCUAUUGAGGAGCAGACCGAGCCUCAAACGGAUGUGGAAGAGCAGACCGUGGCUAUGGAUAUGACACGGGCGGUUGGUGGCAUCCUCAACAACAAUAACCUGGCGAUGAGGCAGUCUCCUGGAGAUACGGUGCUUCCUUCACCGCGACGCAGACAGGCUGAGCAAACCACCCCAAAAUCGCCACCCAAGACACACCAACACAGGACAUCUAUAGCUUCGGAAACAGGCAGUCCGAGUAUUGCUUUGAAGCCACGACUUUCAGGCAGAUCCCAGCGGAGCGCGACGAAGGCUGCUGCUACUCCGCAGACCGGACAGCAGCACAGCACACCGGUCAAGUCACAGACGAGAAUACAACAGGUCACCCCGUCAAAACAGAUCACUCCGCUUCCUGCGCGAGCUGCAUCUCCAAACAAAACUCCACUGUCUGCAAAUGUUUCACACAGAAGCGCUUCGCCAAAAAAGCUGUUUAAGGCUGAAAUCAAAUCGAGGACAUCACCAGCUUCCACGAAACGAAACGCACUGUUUUCACCAGGUAAUCAGACUCCCAGUGUCGUCCUGAAAGCACCCAAAUCACAGAGCGCCCGUCGACGGUCAAGUGGGAUUGGCAUUGACAAGGAUGGGAUUGGCUCUCCGCGAGUUACUGAACUCCUGGACCGACGAUCCUCGAUUGGAGACGCCGCACCUCAGUUUAAGCUUGUUAGUAUUGAGCCUACAACGCUGCGUUCUGAAGACCCCCAACAACUUGCGCAAGACGUCGAAGCUGAAAGAGCAGAGGAGCAGCGCCGAGAAAGCGGCAGGUUUGUCAUGGAGCAAGAAGCAGACGAGCCUCAAGACGAGAAUGUGACUUUGCAGCUCAAAGAUAUGAUCGAGUCGAUGACGCCGCAGAAAUCGAAAUCUGGCAAGCUCAAAGGUAGGAAGAGCCUUGCGGUUGGAGGUGCCAAAGGCCUCCUAGGGAAGAGGCCUGCAGAACUCGAUAUGGACGAUGAUGAUGAGGCCGAUUCGACCCCGAAGCGCUUAAGAGUGGUUUCGAGGGAGGGCAGCCCAGUUAAAAAGGUUCAUCUACCGAAGCCACCUACCAAGGACGAAACAACUGGCAGACUCGGCACUAGACUUCAGAAUUCACUGCAAGAGAUGGCUGACAAUGACAAUGCGACCCCAAGUCUCGGAGCACCAUCGCCGAACAAAAGCACUGUUGCACCUAGCCCAGCGACCACGAAGCGCUUCAAAGAUAUCAAGGUCAACGGCGAAGCAAGACCAGAGUCGUUCGAGGACAAACUUGACAAUGUGGUUGGAGCUAUUGACAUUUCCACAGUGCAGAUGGAAGAAGGAUCGGCCCGGAGUGAAGAGGACAAGAUCUCUCUUCAGCAGUUUUUGAACAUGACAAAUAUUCACUUCAUCGAACUGUCAACCACAAAAAGGAGGCACACAAUGGCACAGUCGAUGCCCGCCUUAGGAUCCCAGGCAAGUAUGGACGGCAGCGACACAGUGGACGACUUUGUUGCGGCAGCCACCACAUUGCCGCUCCUUGAACUGUACCAGCAUGCGACGAGGGAACUCAAGUCCUACAUCUCUGCAGGCCGCAAGAUCAUUCGCUCCAUUGAAGCAGAAACCCUUGCUGACCAGCCACCACUUUUCCGGGAAUACGUCGAUGCUCGCCCAGACGUAAAAAUAGUGAUGGAUAACCAAUUCCGCAAUGGCAAGGCCAAUGCUCGCUUGCAGAGCAAGGAGGGAUGGUAUCAAUGGCGAGCACAACUAGUAGAAGGCCUCAAAAACGGGCUAGAGGGUAUCGACCAGGGCAUACAAGCGGACCUUCGGCUCUUGCGGCAGCAGCAACAGACGCUGGAUUCUGUGCUUCCCCGGCUGAAUCAAGAACGAACUGGACUCGAAGGCCGGAGGGCAUCGCUACAGCAGAGCCUGGAAGAACUGGACAGCAUUCACCAUGAAUCUUUGACCAAUUGCCGACGAGAGUUACAGAGUGCCGACGAAUAUUGUCUCCAAAGAUCUGCUUUGCUCGAUUCCUUGCGCGAACAAAUGAGAGAAAAAGAAGAAGCACUACUAGCUGCCGCCGAACUGAAGACUGAGAUGAAAGAUCAGAUUGCAGAAGCAGAUCGAGUAAGAGAAGAGAACAAAGGUUGGCCGGUAGCCGAUGUCCUGAACCUCAGGUCAAGGGUUGAUGCCAUCGAGAAACAGACUGGCUGGCGCUUGGUUACUGCGGAAGAAGAGGUGGAUGAACCGACCGAGUUUGGGCCUGCGCUCACCAUGAUGUACAAGGAUGACCUGCGACUCUUCUUUUACCCUCAAGCUUUCCAAUACAAGGCUUCAGAUGCACCACGGCGCAGAUCCGGAAGGAGAUCAGCAUCGACAAGCGGUCCCACUGCCCCUAUCAGCCUGACUUACGCUCCCGCCGACCAAGAGGACUCGGACGACAAACAACUAGAGCCGCCGACCGAGAAACGUUUCUUCUUACAGUUAGUCAGGAGCCAACUGCACGCUUUCGCUAUGAUGCCAAAGCGGUCAGUAUCAUCUAAGACUAUGCUAUCAUCUGUUUCUCAAGGCUGGGAUCUUGCAUGCAAAAUUUCCCAAGAGCUUCGACUUCUGAACCUCGUGGGCAUCACGACAGCCUCAAUCCUAAGUGACGAGAAACUGGGAGUUAAAGUCGUUCUGAUCAUCCCCAAACAAGGGCGGGUCGACGUUGAGUUCGCAGUGACUGUCGCGAUUCUGAACGACGGCGACAUCGUUGCUUCAACCGGCGUAACUGCGCACGCAGUCUACGGACGUUGCGUGGAAUUGCUGAGCGGUGGAAAGGGUAGGAAAGUGCAGCACGCGUUGGGCAAGGAGGCCGAGAGCAGAGUCCUGGGUGAGGGUGCGUUCGUCAGUGCAAUCCACGGCUUCGAAGAGUGGUUGCGUGGACAGGACAAGACAAGACAGGCGACGAAGGAGGAAGUCGUGACUGCGUCUGCCCCUGAGCCUGCUUCCUCGGCCGUUCUCUCUCAAGCGACAACUACAGCACUCCCUUCGACGUCGACGUCGACCUCAGCUUCCACUCCAGCGGCCCCCAAGCGGUCCCCUCUGGCCCCUAAACGAAUCAACUCCCUCCAAAAGAAAGCCCUCCCCGUCCCCAAGCAGCGGCUCGAAAAGUGGAAUCCUCCUCAGCCUCAGCCUGUGUUCCAACAACACCAACACCCGGCCGCCGAGAAAGAGAACUUCAACCCCUCCUUGUCCGUCUCGGGCAAGAUGUCCGCUCAGCGGCACCAACAGCCGGCCCAGCUGGAGGGAAAUCGCGCCGUUGACCCAGCCGCGUGGGAGGACGUGGUGCCCCGCGCGGCCAUCCCGCCGGAGAUGCAGGAGGCCAUGAUGCACACGCCCAUCAAGCGCGUGGGUGCAUUGCGGCGCAGUCCCAUCUGAGAGCUCGCCCGGGCGAUGCCCCUGAUGAUCUGGUAUGAUGUGAUGUGAAUCGGAGUUUUGGGCAUGUUUAGCUUUGGUUUUGACUAUGCAUUUGGAUUUGGAUUUGGAUCGGUGUGGCUUGGACUAGUUGCUAGCAUUGGAUUGAAAUCCCCAUGGUUGGUUGAUUGAUUGAUUAACUGGUUUCCUGCAUCUCCUGAGAGCGGGAGUUGGAAAGUGAAGGUGUGGUAGUGUAACAACCAUUCACAACAUCAAGCAGAGUAGUAUGUACAGGAGAAACAGGAGACAAGCUAAGAUGAGAGCAACCUCUGUUUGUGCCCUGGGACGACAUCACCGAGAAGCGAG